CUCCUCGCUCAGUCAGUGCGUUCCUCUCCUCUUGUGGGAAAGCAACGUAUAACCCAUCAAAGCAAAGCUCGCUUUAGCUGUUAUUCUCUUGUUUCUGCUAGAAAAUCCUAUGAAAUGAACAAUUUCAGUAAGGGCUAUGGAUUCCGACCAUCCGAUGGAGAGCUCAUCGGACAUCUACGAAACAGAACACUGCUCGGCGGUGAUUACUUUGUCCAAGAUAUUACUGAUCUUGGGAUCGAUAUUUGCAAGUGGGAACCUUGGGAUUUACCCGGGCUUUCCAUGGCAACAUCAAGUGAUCCGGUGUGGUAUUUCCUUUAUCCUGUGACGUACAAGAAUCCGAAAACUAAGCCGAAGAUGAUGAACAAGGUGAAUGGUAAGCGGAAGCCGAUCAAUAGAGCCACCAACGAGGGAAAGUGGAAACCCUCAGGUAACCCUGUUAAGGUCAGGGCUAGUGACUCCAACAAAGAGAUUGGCAUCAAGAGACAUUUGUAUUUUUUUACGAGUGCAGUUAAUGAGAAAAACGACAACAAAAGCAAAGCUAAGACCACAAAUAGCUAUCAUAACAAGACCCCCUGGGUACUGUAUGAGUACGAACUUACUGAUGUUCAUCCUAACCUGCAAAAUGAAUUUUUUCUUGGUAAAUUGAUGAAACAAUCUGAGCCAACCAACAUUUCAAGUAGCAAAGGUGAAACAAGUCAACAGUUGCCUUCUACUUGCUUAGGAAAUCAUAUUCCAACUUCAGAGGUCCAACUAGGCUUUGACCAGCCAUUAGUAGAGAUGGAAGUCUCUAAUGGCUACGAUUGGAUGCAAAAUCAGUCUAGCGUUAGUGAACAAGUCCCUGUUGAUAAUUACGAGACCUACCCCGAAGAAAGAUGUGACGUGAAUGAUUAUGAAGUCUCCAACCUACCGUGUACUUUUGAAAACUAUGUUGCACAUGAUGCAAUUCCACAAAAUCUGCAGGUAGACUACCCUGUAGAAAGAAGCAAUGAACAUAACGUCAUUGCGGGGAAUGAGGGCUUGGACUUGUCUUAUAAUUUCAAUAACCAUCCUAUAGCAGAUAACUUGUUUGACUUUGGUUAUUCAUACUUGGACGGGUUAUACCUUGAUGAGUUGUUUGGAGCGCUUGAAGCUCCUAAUAACCAUGAUGGGGUUCAAAAUCAAUCUAGUACAAACCAGCAAGAUGCUGAUGAGUUCAGGAAUUCAAAUUUCAUUAACAAUGAAAUUGCCUACCCUGAUGGUACAAGCAAAGCAGCUGCUGCUGAGAUAGAGGGCUCCAAUUUACCCUCCUGGGGCAUACCUGAAUCUUCCUAUCCAAUGGAGUCAUCCAGAAAAAGAUCAUGCAUGGAGCAUGAAGGAUCAAGCGCUGACAUAGAAACUGAAGUGGCUCCAGCACAGGCAAAGAAGAGUAGAAUUUAAUAGCGAAAAGACACAAGUUUGAUUCCUGUAAUACAUAGGAGAGUCCUUGGAUAUGGAAAGAAGCAUUCCAUGUAUGUGAGUAAUAAAUGCUGCUAAUUUCCUGUUGGAUGUCUAUAUAAUACAUGGACUUAUAUAAUGUUAAAUGUUGCCUGUUGGAUCUGUUUUUUCUGUUGAU